AUGGCUCGUCCUACUCAGCUUCUUCCCCUCUUCAUACUGAUACAACUCUACUCAGUAGCUGCAUCGAAUUAUCAUGCCCAUGGCGAUGGCCAUGGUAAUGCCACAGCUUCUUCUUACUGUCAUCCAGACCAGGCUGCAGCACUUCUCGAACUAAAGCAGUCCUUCAUCUUCGACUACUCCACCACCACCCUGUCGUCUUGGCAACCUAGCACCGACUGCUGCCUUUGGGAGGGUGUAGGCUGUGAUGAUGACAUAUCAAGCAGUGGCGGCAGUGUCACUGUUCUUGACCUUGGUGGUCGUGGCCUCUACAGCUACGGUUGCCAUGCCGCACUCUUCAACCUCACCUCCCUGCGCUACCUCGACCUCAGCAUGAACGAUUUUGGCGGAUCUCGCAUUCCAGCAGUUGGCUUUGAGAGGUUAUCCAAGCUCACACACCUCAACCUUUCUCAUUCAGGUUUUUACGGUCAGAUACCGAUCGCUAUCGGCAAAAUCUCGAGUCUUAUAUCAUUGGACCUUUCUGUAGUUCGAGAUAUUAAUCCAUCAGAUGAAAUUACAUAUACCCUUGCUCUCGUAGAGGACCACUAUCUUCUGCUACAUGAGCCUAGCUUUGAGAACUUAGUGAGAAAUCUUACCAAUCUGAGGGAACUCUAUGUUGAUGGAGUGGACAUUUCAAGUAGCGGCGAACAGUGGUGCAGUGGUCUAGGUAAAGCUGUCCCCAGUCUUCGUAUUCUUAGCAUGGCAUACUGCAGACUUCGUGGUCCAAUCCACUCCUCCUUGUCAAAUGUUCGACUCCUUACCGUGAUCAACCUAAAUUUUAAUGAUAUUUAUGGUGCCGUUCCUGAAUUCUUUGCGGACUUUCUCAAUUUAAGCCUUCUUCAACUCCGUUUCAACAAUUUCAGUGGUUUGUUUCCUCAGAAAAUAUUUCAACUCAAGAAUAUAAGAGUGCUUGAUGUAUCAGGCAACGGUGAACUCUCAGGGCAUUUACCAGGAUUUCCAAAUGGGACUUCUUUGGAGACUUUGAAUUUGUAUUAUACCAAUUUCUCUGCUAUUAGGCUGAGCUCUUUAAGCAACCUCCAGUCUCUGAGGGAGCUAGGUAUUAAUGGAAGGUCAAUUUCUAUAGAGCCAACUGAUUUAUUGUUCAACAAGUUCAACUCCUUGCAAAAUUUACAGCUCUCUUUUUCUCAAUUUCCGGGAGAGUUAGGACCAUUUUUCUCAUGGAUUAGUAGCCUUGAGAACUUGGCAAGCUUGCAACUCUCUAACUGCUAUUCCUCCAUGAUAAUGCCCCCUAUGAUUGGUAACCUCACCAACUUGACAAGUUUGGAAAUAACUUAUUGUGGCUUUAUUGGGCAAAUACCACCAUCAAUUGGCAACCUCAAGAAGUUGACUUCCUUGAGAAUCUAUGCUUGUGACUUCUCUGGGACAAUACCAUCUUCAAUUGGCAAUCUCAAGAACCUAAGAAUCUUAGAAAUAUCUCAUAGUGGCUUGUCUGGUCCAAUAACAACGGAUAUUGGACAUCUCAGCAACGUGAUGGUAUUAAUUUUGGUGGGCUGCAGGUUUUCUGGCAUAAUACCUAGUACAAUUGCCAACUUGACUCAACUCAUUUUGGUGGAUCUUUCAUACAAUUUCCUUGAAGGAGAGAUUCCAAUAUCUCUAUUCACGUCUCCAAAAAUGUUAUGGUUGGAUCUUCGGUCAAACCAAUUUUCUAGACCAAUACAAGAGUUUGAUACAACAUAUUCACAAUUGGGAGCCAUUCAUUUGAAUGAAAAUCAAAUUACUGGACAGAUUCCAACAUCAUUAUUUCAGCUCAAACAUUUGGUGGCCCUGGAUCUUAGCUCAAACAACUUAACAGGUUCUGUACAAUUGAGUUCACUAUGGAAGUUAAGAAAGCUGGAUAACUUGCACCUCUCGGACAACAGAUUGUCCGUCUUGGAGGGAGAAAGUAGUAAAUCCAUGGUACCCAUACUCCCUAAACUCUCAGUAGUAUCACUAGCAUCUUGCAACAUGACAACAAUUCCAGGACUCUUGAUGCAUGUUAAUCACAUCGAAUCAUUGGACCUUUCAAACAACAAAAUUCAUGGGACUAUACCCCAAUGGAUAUGGGAGAAAUGGGAUGAUAGCCUUACACACAUAAAUCUUUCAAACAACAUAUUCACACAUAUGCAACUCACUUCAUUUGUUCUCCCAUGCAAUCAUUUGGAAUCCCUUGAUCUCAGUUCCAAUAGACUUCAAGGCCAGAUCCCAAUGCCAAACCUAUUUUCAGUAGUUGGCAAUUUCUUUCAAGUCCUGGAUUAUUCCAACAAUAGAUUCUCUUCUCUCAUGACAAACUUCACUCGUCAUCUUAGCAAAACUCAUUACCUCAAAUUGUCCCGGAAUAACCUAAGUGGGCCUGUACCGCAUUCAAUUUGCAACUCAAGCAAACUAGAAGUCCUUGACCUGUCAUAUAACAACUUCAGUGGGUUGAUACCAUCUUGUUUGAUAGAAGACACCCACAUGAGUAUAUUAAAUCUGAGAGAGAAUCACUUUCAAGGAACAUUUCCGUAUAAUGUUAGUGAGCAAUGCAAUCUCCAGAGAAUAGAUUUGCACGGUAAUAAGAUUAAGGGGCAGCUGCCUAGAUCUCUUUCCAACUGUGCUGACCUGGAGGUCCUUGACAUUGGAAACAAUCAGAUUGUUGAUACUUUCCCAUCUUGGCUGAGUAGGCUUUCCAAUCUCCGUGUCCUUGUUUUGGGAUCCAACCAGUUCUAUGGCUCGCUUGUUUAUCCACCCAGAGAUAGCAAAUUCAGGAAAUACUUCUCAAAGUUACAAAUCAUUGACAUAGCCUCAAACAACUUCUCUGGAAAUUUGGAUCCACGAUGGUUUGAGAGAUUGACAUCAAUGAUGGCGAAGUUCAAUGGCACUGGAAAUAGUUUAGGUACUCCAAUUGCAUACAGAGGUGUAUACUACCAUGAUACUGUUGCACUCAUGUACAAAGGGCAAUACGUGGAAUUCAGUAAAAUCUUGACUACCUUAACCGCAAUUGAUAUCUCAAAUAAUGUAUUCGAUGGUGAGAUUCCUAAAUCAGCUGGAAGGCUAAUUUCGCUGCAUGUAUUGAACAUGUCACGUAAUGCAUUUACGGGGAGGAUUCCACCACAAAUUGGUGAGAUGCGUCAAUUGGAGUCACUAGACUUGUCAUGGAACAAGCUUUCUGGGGAGAUUCCACAAGAGCUGACAGAUUUAACAUUUCUUGGCACCUUGAACUUGUGUGGAAACAGGCUGGAUGGAAGAAUACCAGAAUCACGCCAAUUUGCAACAUUUGAGAACACUUCAUAUGAAGGGAAUGCAGGGCUCUGUGGACCGCCUUUAUCCAAAGAAUGUGGCAUUUCAAGUAAUCCAAAUGAGGCACAAGUGAACACAUCCGGAGAUCAUGCUGAUAUUAUUUUGUUUCUCUUCGUUGGUCUGGGCUUUGGUGUUGGCUUCACCGUAGGAAUUCUAGUGAAAUGGGGCAAAUGGUUUCGGAUUGUGUGA